AUGAAAGGGCUGGAGGAGAGUAGCUUUAGCGUCUCUGAGGUGGUGGUGGGCAAGGGCGAGUGCUACGCGCGCGAGGAGGAGAGCGCGGUGGUGGACGACAUGGUCAAGCUGGCGUACCUGCACGAGCCGGGCGUGCUGCACAACCUCAUGCAGCGCUACCACCGCAACCUCAUCUAUGUGCGUAAGGGGAGGGGGGAAGGGGCAUCCCGUACAUGUGCUGUGACGUACACGGGCAGCAUCCUGAUAGCGGCGAACCCCUUCAUGCGUCUGCCGGGCAUCUACGAUCGGGACAUGCGCGACGCCUACCGGGGGCAGCCACUGGGCGAGCUCAGCCCCCACGUGUUUGCCAUCGCUGACAACGCUUACAGGUGGGGGUGGGGGUAUGGUGCAAAGUUUUACCGUGCUGAGCACAUGGGCAAGCUCAUCCCACCCCCUCGUGCCCCCUCCCCUCGUGCCCCCUCCCCUUGUGCCCCCUCCCCUCGUGCCCCCUCCCCUCGUGCCCCCUCCCCUCGUGCCCCCUCCCCUCAUGCCCGCCCCCUCGUGCCCGCCCCCUCAUGCCCGCCCCACCAUCUCCGCCCCCCCUCCCAUGCCCGCCCCACAUGCAUUCCCUCGGCGGAGCGCAGAGCGAUGCGCGAGGAGCGGCGCAGCCAGUCGAUUUUGAUCAGCGGGGAGAGCGGGGCGGGCAAGACGGAGACGACGAAGCUGGUGAUGGAAUACCUGGCGUCCGUGGGGGGGCGCGCGGACAGCGAUGGCGAGCGCAGCAUUGAAAACCAAGUGCUGGAGGUGAGCAAGGGUGGGAAGGGCUUACAAGAAGCUUGGGGCGAGACUUCAGAGGGGGACGGAGGGGUAGGGCUGUGGAAACGGGAGGGGGAGGGUGGGUGGGGGGAGUGGGAGUAA